GGCAGGCGGCUCCGCCGAGUCUGAUCCACGCCAUCGCGGAGUUCUGGGGGGGGGCAAGCACGAAGCAGAUCGGAGAUUUCGUCUCGGUCAAUGUGGAAGCCGAACUCCGCGCUGUCAGGAUCGUUUACUAAAGGCAGCAAUGGAACGAUUUGAUGUAAAGCCACUUCCCUCCCGGAGCCGUUCAAAGACAGCUUUAUAUGUGACCCCUCAGGAUCGUGUGAGUGAAUUUGGCAGUGAACUGUAUGAAGAUGGGGGAAAACUCUAUUGCAGUUUUUGCAAUGUAGUCCUGAAUCAUGUCCGCAAGUCUGCAAUCAAUGAUCAUCUCAAAUCCAAAACACACACCAAACGUAAGGGAGAGUUUGAAGAGCAAAGUGUCAGAAAGAAACCACGGACCCUGACUGCCUCUCUGCAGUGCAAUAGCACAACCCAGACAGAGAAACCCAAUGUAGUCCAGGACUUUGUAAAAAUGUUUCUGGAAGCUAGCAUUCCCCUUGAGAAGGCUGAUCACCCCGCCGUACGAGCAUUUCUCUCUCGCCAUGUAAAGAAUGGGAACUCCAUACCCAAGGCUGACCAGCUGAGGAAAAUGUAUUUGUCUGACGGGUUUACAAAUCAGCUUAUUAAAUCUGAAGAACACUGAGAGGAAAGCCACUUGGUUCUAGGUGUCAAGCGUUACGAUUGCAUAGCAGUGAUGUGGUUUUAUU